AAGAAAAAGUCAACUAGUCAUAGUCAAACUAUUCAACUAAUAAACCUUAUAAGAUCCUCAUUUUCAUUCUAAUUUCUUCAAACCAAAACCAAAAACUUUAUUUUUUCACAUUCAAGAGAUACCCCCCACCCCCACCCCAACCAAAAAUAAUUACAUUUCUCAAACAUUACAUGAAAUAAUGGUAAUUUUACCUACAAAAAGAGAAAGAGAAGGUGAAUUUAAGACCAUAACAACCAUGACAAAUUACUUGAUGUUGUUUUCAUCUCAAGAAAAUCAUUUUAACACUAUGGUGAACAACUCUCCUAAUCGAGUUUUCGAGUGCAAGACUUGUAAUAGACAAUUUUCAUCGUUUCAAGCACUAGGUGGUCAUCGAGCAAGUCAUAAAAAGCCAAGAUUAAUGGGAGAAAUGAAUUUUCAUUUGCCGAUUUCACCACCUAAGCCAAAAACACAUGAGUGUUCAAUUUGUGGACUUGAAUUUCCUAUAGGACAAGCUUUAGGUGGACAUAUGAGAAGACAUAGAGGUAUGUUGAAUGAAAAUAAUAAUAAUAAUAAUAAUAAUAAUAAUAAUAAUAAUAAUAAUAAUAAUAAUAAUAAUAAUAAUAAUAAUAAUAAUGUUUUGAAGAAAUUAAAAAAUCCAAGAGUUUUAUGUUUGGAUUUAAAUUUGACACCAUUGGAAAAUGAUCAUUUAGAAUUGAUCAAGUUGAAGAAAGAAGCUCCUAAAGUUGAUUGUUUCUUGUAAUUAUUGAAUAUCGAGUAAAAUAAACCCUAUAUAGAUGUAUAGAAUUAAGUUUAAUUAUUUCUUCUUAUGGAUCAUGUUCUAUGAUAAGGGUUUAUUUACGUGUUUAUAGGUUACCAUCGACGAAGGACAGACAGUUCAAUAUUUAUUGUAUAUACCUAAAUCAAAUGUUACUUUUUAUUUCUCUAAGUUCCUUAUUAGAGAAACAAAAUAUUAGUGAAAGUUGAAUGAUACAAUGUUUAUUAAUCA